AUGGCCCGUAAACCCUCACGUUAUCGACCCGAAGAUGACGACCCUUACAUGUCUAGAGAGGCUUACCCGGAUCCCUAUGCCGGCGUGAACGACGACGCUUAUGAAUAUGUCGGCAGCGAUGCCGUCCCGGACCCACCCCCUCGAUAUGAAGAAGACCCUCGAGAUUCUCGUCGCAGACACAAAUCGAACAGAGCAUCAACGCAACCCCCGAGAUCCUCAGUUAAUGCGUCCCCACCACGGACUCGGAGGGCUGCCUCGCCCCCCGCACGUUCGUCAAGACAUUCCGAUUCUCCACCGCGGCGGCGGCACUCAAGACGCGAGCGUGAUGAAUCGCCGCCGCCAAGGCUCUCCAAGCAAGACCGUGGUGAUGCUGCUGCUGCUACUGCCGGAAUGCCACCAGGGACCAAGAAAAAUAAAUAUGGCCAAUGGGUCGACCGUCCCGCAUUCAAGAACAUGAAAUCAUAUGGUAGUAAAGGCCUCAAGACGGUGGGGAAUAUUGUCGAAGCAUAUGCAGCAGCUCAAGCAGGUGGAGCGGCUACCGAAAGAGGCCGGGCCGGUGGACGUGAUCCUUACUUCGACAAGUACUAUGAGGACCCAUAUGACGGCCCAUCGCGACGCAGCAGGCGGCACCGCACUCCAAGUCCCUCCCCAUCACCGCCGCGCAGAAGCACGGGGAAACGCAGCGCCCGUGACCGUCGUAGGCCGUCCCUGAAUGGAAGGCAGAAGUCGUACAGCAUGUCCCCUGAAGCUCGAAGUAGAGGUCACGAUUCCGACGAAGAUCGUCAACGUCGCCGCCGACGAAACCAUAGGCACUCGCCGAGCCCUAGCCCCUCGCCGUCGCAUCGCGGCCGCGGACGACGCGCGCGUUCUUACUCCCACGGUCGCGAUUCAACUGUACGCCCUACGAGAUCCAAAUCAAGCCGCCAUCCUCAUAUGAAGCACUACCAGGACGAGAUGAAGUCUCCAAAUCCAGAUGUAGCUCACCGAUGGCAGCUCGCCGCCCGUGCAGCCCUCGAAGCAGGCGGCGUGACAGCCUUCCGUCUGCGCAAGGAACCCGGAUCUUGGACAGGUCAGAAGGGCGCCAAGGUCGUGACAGCCGCAUUAGGUGCAGCGGCCAUUGAUUCAUUCAUCGACAAGGAUCCACGGCGUACUAAGCCGGGCGGCGUCAAGGGUAUGGCCGAGAGCUUGGUAGGCGGAAUGCUGGCUAGUAAAAUCAUGGGUUUCCCAGCCGGAUCGACCCAUAAAGGCCAACCGAGAAAAUAUUAG